UUCCAUGACACUUGUGGUCCUCCAUAGAUGACAUAUAAACUAUUUUAUUAUCUGAUAGUGGUAGACCAGAGGUAGACCGUAAAGUACAUUAAGUACAGUUUUAAGGCACUUGAAAUUUAUUUAAGUAUUUCCAUUUUGUGAGAUGUUAUACUCCCCUGCAUUUCAGAAGAAAAUAUUCAUAUUAGAGAAGUGCAAUUGUACUUUUUAUUCCAUUACAUUUUGCCUAGCUGUACUUUGCAGAUAAAAACUUGAUAUAAUGGUAGAAUUUUAGUAGCCUACUAUCUCAACCAGCCACAACAUUAUUAUUCUCUAUACACUGUAUUCAUUAAUGCAUCAAUUAUUUAAUAUGAUAAAAAUCUUGACCAAAAUAUAGGCUCUCUGCACACCAAUGGAGUCACCACCCCAUUAUCUUUGAAUGAAAGAGGAUACAUGGAUGCUCUGAAUAGGUCUCUUCAGGUGAGGCAUCAGUAUCUUUUUGUGUUUCAAACACACCAAGAGAAAUACCAGGAAAACAAAACCAAACUUGUUAUUCAGCUCUCACUCGGUUUUUCCGGUUAAGUGAGGUGCUCGCACUUGGCUUCUGACAGAGUAUAGGCCAUACAACGCUCUUUACAGUUUUCAUUUUCCCUGUAUUCAUUUUUAUUUUACAGGAGACAAGGAGUCAUCAUCAUGAACACUCUGAACCAGCAGUAUGAGGAGAAGGUGCGUCCCUGCAUUGACCUCAUUGACUCUCUCCGCUCUCUGGGUGUGGAGAAGGACUUGGCUCUGCCUGCUAUCGCCGUGAUUGGAGACCAAAGCUCGGGGAAGAGCUCCGUGCUGGAGGCGCUGUCAGGGGUGGCUCUGCCAAGAGGAAGUGGCAUUGUGACAAGAUGUCCUCUCGAACUGAAGAUGAAGAGAAAGAAAGAAGGAGAGGAGUGGUACGGAAAGAUAAGCUACCAGAACCAUGAGGAAGAGAUAGAAGACCCUGCAGAUGUGGAGAAAAAGAUCAGAGAAGCUCAGGAUGAAAUGGCCGGGGUCGGGGUGGGGAUCAGUGAUGACCUCAUCAGUCUGGAGAUCGGCUCUCCUGAUGUUCCAGACCUGACACUCAUUGACCUGCCCGGCAUCGCCAGAGUGGCUGUAAAGGGACAACCAGAGAACAUUGGGGAUCAGAUAAAGAGACUGAUCCAGACGUUCAUCACAAAACAAGAAACCAUCAGCCUGGUGGUUGUUCCAUGCAACGUGGACAUAGCAACCACAGAGGCUUUGAACAUGGCCCAGCGGGUGGAUCCUGAUGGGGAGAGGACUUUGGGUAUCUUAACCAAGCCUGAUCUGGUGGACAAAGGCACAGAAGACACAGUGGUGGAAAUUGUCCAUAAUGAGGUCAUCCACCUGAAGAAGGGCUACAUGAUCGUCAAGUGCAGGGGUCAGAAGGAGAUCACAGAGAGGGUGUCUCUUACUGAAGCAAUAGAAAGAGAGACAGCCUUUUUCAGAGAGCAUGUGUAUUUCCACACUCUCUACAAUGAAGGUCAUGCCACUGUUCCUAAACUGGCUGAGAAGCUCACACUUGAGCUGGUGCAUCACAUUGAGAAAUCUCUGCCUCGACUGGAAGAGCAGAUAGAGGAGAAACUAACACAGACUCGUGCAGAGCUGGAGAGAUAUGGCAAUGGACCCCCAUCUGACGCAGCUGAGAAACUCAUCUUCCUCAUUGAUAAAGUGACGGCCUUCACUCAGGAUGCCAUCAGUCUGACUACAGGAGAGGAACUCAAGUGUGGAGACAGGCUCAACGUCUUUUCUAUGCUCAGAAGAGAGUUCGGGCAGUGGAAUGCCCACUUGAGCCGCUCAGGAGAAAUCUUUAACAAAAAGAUUGAGAAAGAGGUGGAGGAGUAUGAAGAGAGGUAUCGUGGAAGAGAACUGCCCGGCUUCAUCAACUACAAGACCUUUGAGGUCAUGGUCAAGGAGCAGAUCAAACAGCUGGAAGAACCAGCUGUUAAGAGACUCAAGGAUGUAGGAGAUGCUGUUAGGAAGUUGCUCGUACAGCUGGCCCAAAGUAGCUUCACUGGAUUUCCUAACCUCGUGAAAAUCGCCAAGGCAAGGAUCGAAGCCAUUAAGCAAGAAAAAGAGUCCACUGCUGAAUCCACGCUGAGAACCCAGUUCAAGAUGGAGCUGCUUGUUUACUCUCAGGACAGGACCUACAGCAGCAGUUUGAGUGACCGCAAGACAGAGGAGGAUGAGGAGGAAGACAAACGGAAAGUCAAAGCAUUUCAUAAAGAAAGGAGUAUUUUGUACAGAAUGGAUAAUCACGCAACACUUCAGGAGCUGAUGUUGCAUCUUAAGUCGUAUUACAAAAUUGCCAGUCAGCGUCUGGCUGACCAGAUCCCACUGGUGAUCCGCUACCAGAUGUUGCAGGAGUCUGCUUCCCAGCUGCACAGGGAGAUGAUGCAGGUGCUUCAGGAUAAAGAGAAUUUGGAGUUCUUGCUGAAGGAGGAUUCUGACAUCGGGAGCAAGAGGGCUGCUUUACAGAGUCGCCUCAAGCGCCUCAUGAAGGCCCGAGCAUACCUGGUAGAGUUCUAGAGGAGGUCAAGGCCUAACAGCAUGAGUCUACUGCACCUCUUUCAUCUGUCAAAUACAGUGAAAUUGCGGUUGUAGGAUUGUUGUACUAUGUUUUUUUACUGUGUCCAUUAUGGAAUGGACACAUUUGCUUAAGAUAAGUUAACUAAGUCAGAACAGAUCAAUGUCAACACAUGGGGAGUUGUUUUAAAUGUACUGUAAAAAAAAUUGAUUAUGGGAGCACAAAUACUCAAGCACAAGUCGUAUACCAUGUUUCUGAGAUAUCCCUAGUUCAAUUCCUGCCAGGGAACUUUAUGACACAUCAUCCCAGAAAAGAUUAUAAACAUUGUACCAAUACUUUGAUGCUUUGUCAUGGUUUCCUGCUAAUGGCUGAACCACUUUAAACAAACAGGUCAUUAAUGUUUCUUAAUGUUAAAAUUAUCCAAAUGCAUAUUUUUCAUAUUUAUUCAAAUAUAUUUGUUUAAAUAAAGAGAAGAUUUGACUUGAA